AUGGAAGCUCUCCUCUUUACCUCGAAACCACCAUUGCUCUCCACGAAACACUCCUCGUCGAAUUCGCAACCAUAUCUCCCAUCCACGCACUCCUCCCCAAUCUCUCCAAACCGCCGCCACCCUCCGCCGCUCAAGCCAUGGAAGCUCCACGCCAACGCCAAGGGCUUCGCCGGCCAGCCGCCGCCCGGGAAAGCCCGUCCCACCGCCGGAAGACCCGACACGACCAAAAGCAGCUCCGGCGGCGGUGACGACGACGACGACGACCAGAUCCCGCAGGUGGUGUUCGAGAGGAUGACAGGGCGGAUCCUGGCGUUCGUGGGCGUCCCGAUGGCGGCGGGCAUCGUGCUGCUUUACGUCAUGGGGGCGAUCAAGGAGCGAGAGCUGCUGGACGUCCCUCGGUGGCUGCCCUUCCUGACGACGUUGCUGUGUUUCGGGGCGUCGGCGCUGGGGAUCGCGUACGGGACGCUGUCGAGCAGCUGGGACCCGGAUAAGUCCGGGUCGGCUCUCGGGUUGGAUGAGGCCCAGAGGAAUUGGGCCGAGAUCUGGAAAGAUGAAGGGCAAGCGUAG